UGUCCGGUUCUGGCCACUCCUGGACGUCGACUCUGAAAAAACUGUUACUCACAGUGACGCAGUUCUCUGCUAUACCGUGACGUACGACUGUAAAACAGUGGUAACUGGUUCUCAGGAUAUGUCGCUCAAAGUAUGGGAGGUUGCUACUGGAAAACUUACUCAGGUACUAGUGGGACACGAAGGCCCUGUCACGUGCGUUGCUAUAGCGCCCUUCAGUCCAUCCCUCGUCGUGUCCGGUUCGCUGGACCACAAUCUCAUCGUGUGGGACAUGACAACUGGUGGCGAUAAUUUCACGUUGAGAGGUCACACAGAAGCUGUAAAAACAGUGCAGCUUACCAUAGAAGGAAGCGCAGUUAUCUCCGGAUCGGAUGACACUACACUUCAAAUAUGGAGUACACAGACGGGUCAGCGAAUAGCCAUGGUAGACUUGCACUUGACUAUCGUUUCCGUGGCAACAUCUCUUCAUGUGGGUCACUUGGCUAUACAGCUAGCCAAUAACAAUUUAGUUCCAAUUAUACGUCUUCACAACAAUCCAGGCAAGGGGAUGAAGUUAGAUCUUCCUGCAGGGACACCUGUUAAUGAAGAAUGGAAGAUCCCAGGUCAUGCAUGGAGAGGUGUACAUCCGAAACGAGUCUUUCUGAGAGGUAACUUAAAACGAGAACAGUCCUUUGAUUCGUUCUACUGGGAUCUCCGCUCACCGAAACACGAAAUAGGAACCAGUCUUGAAGACAUCAAGCGAGUACCCUCUCCCUUCGGAUCCCGGGAAACUCUUCAUCUAGCUGGUACAGUAUGGGACGGCUCAGUUGGGAAUCGGGCUAUUCGGAUCCCCUCCUUAUCGGAUAGUGGAGGCGUUCAACCAAAGUCUAAACUGCCCAAACAUAAAGUGUUGAAGAAGCAGCACAGUAUGUUCGCGUGUUUUCCCGAGUUCACCCAACAACCCCAGUCUCCACUUCUGUCUCCACAACAUCCAAAAGUGGAUGGAAAAUCAGAUUUGCUUGUCCGUUCCCCAGUAACGAGGUUAGCAAAAGAAUUCCCCAACAUCAGUCGGGCUGAGAGUCUAGAAGAAAAUGAAACAACUCCAGAGAAAUCCGAAUCAAAAAGUGUUGUGGUUAUCAAAGAGUCUAGCGUAUGCUCCAUCGCAUGAAAAUUUGGGAAAUUUUUACUAAAUAUUCAAAGCAUUUCAUAAAGUAAACAAAAAACUUAUUUCUUCUUCGGUUAUCUGCUCAUGCAUCAGGUUUUGUUGUUUUUUUAUCCCUGAAGCUUAUGGUGUAUUGCGUAGUUGGCUAUUAUUUGUUAACUUAUUUUAAUUGUAUGUGUGUUAUCAGCUCUGUGUCAGAUCAGGGUUCCUAGCACUAUCAAAUAACUUUUAAGGCUUUUUAAGAUCAAGCUAAAGACCCGUAGACAUGUAUUUGUAUGCUAUUUAUUGUAUCACAUAAUAAUAAUGCAAGAAUAAUAUUAAUGAACAAUACAUCAACUUUGAAAAUCCAAUUAUUCAUUAUAUUGAAUUUUACUUCAACUUCUUCUAAAAAGCCAAUGAAAUUUCAAAACUGAAAAAAAAAAUCAUCAAGCUGGGAAUGUAUUAAAAACGGUAGGCCUAGUCCCGCUAUUUGAAUUAACCGCAUUGCGCAUGUCUAUUAAAACAGCCAAACUCAAUUUAGUACUCCCAGUUUCGUGUAGGCCUAGACAGAAUGAAUGCAAAGUACUGUAAUGCUGUUAAACAUAAGUGCAAUGUGGACCAAACCAGAGUUGCGAAAAGAUACGGCACCAAUACCACAAAAAUUAAAUUGAAGACCUCAAAAAUCAAAAUCUAUGAAUUUAAGACUUUUUAAGGGCCUAACACUGAUCAUUGUUGUAAGAUAUUAUAAGUGUCCAACUACUUUAUCUCAUUAUCCAGAUGGGUUACAUACAAUUGUCAAAAUACAUUAUAUGUAUAGUCUUUUGAAAUGUCUUUUAUUCACACUGAAAGCUUUUGUAUUUCUAUAGGAAGUUCAAGAACACGCAGGUUAGUUGCUACUAAUUUUAUUAUUGUGAGUUAUUCAGCCAGCCAAACGAUAGCUUGGGCUUCACGUUUAUAUUUUAGUACAAAAUAAAUUAGAUCUUGACAUAAUUGAAACAAUACUUGGACUUUUGAAAGCUACAGUAUUAGAAUACACGUCGUUGGUUCUCACGGCAAAUCAAACUUAACGUAACGUAGGCACGACCUCUAAUUUUUAUAUUUGGUAAAAUACAAAUUGCUAAGCUAGGACCCUGUGUAAGGAUUGUGUUUGGCUUUGGAUUACAGGUGAUAUAAGGCUAAUCGUGUAAUCUCGAGAAAUAUUUACUAGUUUUGAAAUUUUGUUGGAAUACACAAAACUACACAAUGGGUUAUCUGUGCUCUAAUAAAAACAAUGAGAUUUUCAAAUUAAUUUAUAACUUACUAUACUCUUUAUUUCUUCAUCGAUAUGCAAAAGUUCUUAGUCUUGUAUAGUGGAUACCCAAGCCUUUUUUUUUCAUUGUUAAUUAACUGAAAGACACUUUAUUUAUACGUACGGAUUCUACAGUAAGAAAAAUAUUUCCAUCUUUAGAAACCCAUUAGUUUAGAGGGACAGGUUUAAUAAGUAGGACCGCAAAUACGUUUACGUCUAUCACAAGUUUCGCGACUUUCUGCAAAUAUGUAUGCUUCAGUUUCAAUACAUCAAUUUUAAGAUAAAGAACCUUUCGCUGUAUUUGUUUAACCUACAGAAAAUAUUUCCGUCACAGUAUGUUGAACAACUAAGUUUAGAUUAGACGGCACGAGACAUGUUCGGUCGAAUAUAUAACUAAUUUAGGUAUCACCUUAUUGUGCAAGUAGACGUGUUGCAGGCAAAUUAAAAGUGAGGCAUUUUUACUGGGACAGAUUGAAAUGCGGGGGGCAGUCCCCCACUUCACUGUCAAACAAUACCUUAAUGGGAUUAAAAGAAAAUAAAGAUAGAAUAAUUAUUUUUUGAGUUAAAUCCACGGAUUUCGCUUCUAUUAAACAACCGCCAAUGUGUUUUCAGAAAUAUUUUCAUACAAUUAUAUCGAAUUGCAUCAAAUGGCCUAGGAAUUAGUGUAUGGCGCUGUAUAUAGAGACGUGAAUACAGUUCGCACUUUUAACUAUGGAUGGGUUAUAAAAGUGAAAGUCAAUCCCAUUAAAAGAUUUGAACAAAGCCCUUUUUGGCAACGAGGCUGCUAGCUGGUUGCCUUCUCUCUGAUCAGUAGUUCCAAACAGAAACAGUUUUAUACAUGAACCUUAGGCGUCUGAUCUGGCAGUUUAGACCACACAUGCGCAUAAGCUGUCAUUCAGGUUGACAUUUGUAAUUUCAAGAUGUUAAAACUCUGAGGUUGAUGUGCUGUGUUGACCCCAGAUUUUCAGAAGCUAACGUAGAUAACCAAUGUAAAAACUUUCUUGGAAACAAGUCUUUGUCCAUCACAACUUUAACAUUUUACUCUCUUUUGUCGAAAUGGUUGUAAAAUUGCAGUAAAUGAGAUAUAAAAAGAUAAGCCCUAUAAAAGUGGGAUGUUAUACAUAUAACCAUAUAAACUGUUAUAAUACCGUAUUUUGUACGCAUGGGAUCAGUUGUAUCACUUCAAAUAUAGAUGUUAAGUGUAUCACUGUUUGUAUGUUCAUUGGUUAUCUGUUCCACACAUCCACGCGACAUUUUGUUUCUUUUUAACUCGGGACAUGUGCUGUAAUUCUCUACUUGUACAUCUUUCUAGAAAAUACUUUGCAACUAUAUAUAUAUAUAUAU